AUGGUCACCACGAUUUUAGUGAUGUUCUUAAUGGCAGCGGCUGGGAAUGCAAGAAUUGAUGAUAUAUCUCCAAGAGGAAGUUUAGGAACCACCCAAAGACGAUUUCUCUCCCAGCCAACACUACACGGCCACCUUCCUCCGUCAUCAUCGGCUCUUGGUGGUUCAGGAGCUGGUGCAAGCCAGGAUCCCUUCCCGCCGCAACAACAAUUUGAAUUCAGUCCACCAUCAUCUGCUCCUGGUGGUUCUGGAGCUGGUGCAAGCCAGAAGCCCUUCCCACCGCAACAAUUUGGAUUCAUUCCACCAUCAUCUGCUCCUGGUGGUUCUGGAGCGGGUGCAAGCCAGGACCCUUUCCCGCCACAACGACCUGAGAUUCCUUCAGCUGACGAACCUAUUCAGAGGCCUCCUAUACCUUUCGUGCCUUCCGGAGAAGUGAUCCCUAUCCUGGUGGACGAACGAGACGGACCUCACCCAGACGGCUCGUACAGCUUCAACUUCGAGACUGGUAAUGGCAUCAGUCGGAACGAGCAAGGCACGCCCCAGGGGGAGGCUGGCGCCGUGGCCAUGCAAGGCGGAUGGUCGUUCACCUUCCCCGACGGGUCACCUGCUAUAUUCAGCUUCGUGGCCGACGGUGAUGGCUACCGUCCGGAGUCCGACCUGCUGCCCACGCCCCAUCCUCUUCCCGCCCACGCCAUCGCCCAGAUCGAGUUCGCCCGCCAGCAGGAGGCAGAAGCUGCUGCUUCAGGUGACAGGCAGCGACUUCGCUAA